CCUGAUUUUUUGCAGGAAACACUUGAGGAUACUGCCUUUCAGCAAAGUUUUUUGUUUCUGUCUUAAUGCUCACGUGUCUUUCGAAUGACUUCAAAACAAAAGGUCUGGUCUUGAAAAACGAAACCUAAAUGAAUAAAUCAUAGGUGUUCUCUUACUGUACAAGCACUUCAGUCUGCUAGGAGAUGAGUGAUGAGAGACAACUUAAAUAGCACGGCCUUUGUUUUGUUUUACUGUGUUUUGAAUAUAAACUGGACUGGAGAAAUUAAGGAGUCGAUGAUCUCCCUUUCCUUUCUAAAUGCAGCUUCUGAUUACAUGCUAAAGCUCAGCGAUACUCCUCCGAGCUCUUGAGAUUGCCGCGCAUUUAAAGACGGGCUGGAGGUUCAGCACCAUGGAGAACGACCGACGCCUUGUCCAGGUUAUCAAGGAGCUGCAGUCAGAAAUAAAGAAACUAAAAUCUGAAAAUACUGCGCUGCGCGUUGAACUAACUCAAAGUGAAAAAGAAGUGAACGGGGAUAAGCAAUCCGCUACUGAUCAAAAGCAAAAAGAAGCAGAUUCUUUGGCACAGGCUGCUCUGCGUAGGAAUGUUUCAGCUCCAGUUUUGGAGGAGCAAAAAGAUAAUAUUAUGACAGUGAGGCGGUAUUCAGUUUCCUCAUUACCACCUUCUCUACGUGGAAGAACACAUGCCAAACAAAACACUAAAAACAAGAGUGAUAUGGAGACACAGCGGGAGAUGAACUUGCUUGAAACAUCAUCUCUUGUGGAACUUACCAGAAAGGAAGACAUUUUCACAAAGUUAACAACAACAAAUUAUAUGUCCAGCCAUCACGUUACCAAGAGGAAAAAUAUCCAGGAGUACAUGCAGAAAUGCAGAUAUAAAGUGAAGACUGUUUCAUUCCUCCUUCCAGUAGAAGUAUCUCCUUAUGCAGAAAACCAAGGUUCUUGUAUACAACCACCAAAUAAGAACUCAAGUCACCUCAAUACGAUUCUAGAAAAGGACCUUUAAACUGAUGACAUCUUAAAAAGAAUACUGAUCAACCAGGAAUUAAGACACUUGUGUGGCGCCUGUUGUUAAGUGGCCCAUCGAAGACUGUGAUAAUCCUGGAGCAUGUGUGCUAAGUGAUAAUGUAGCUCCAUAUCAGGGAAUUUUAGUAUGAUAAAUUAAUUUCAGUAAAGUCAAACACAACCCAUCUACCUCAUCUUGUUGAUGAAAUCAGGCAACACAACUUGUUAAAUGAGAACUGGUUCUUCACAGUUCAUAGUGGCUAUCAGCAGGAGAACUCGAAGGAGUGAUGCACUGGUACUUCCAUUAAAUUGCCAUUUGUGUAUUUUUCAGUAAGAUUUUAUAUGUUGCUCUGACAUGGUUUGUGUGAAUCACAGGGAAGAUAUGUUGUUACUGGCAUAAGAUGAACUGUACUUCCCACUCAGGAAUAACCUUAAGCAAGAAGACAAAUUUAGGAAAAGCUCAUAAAGACAGAAUGCAGAGAAUGUGUAGAAAGUUUCUGCUUGGAUGUACUAUAUGUUUUAUAUCUAUUGACAAUGGUAUCAAAAAGGUAUUCAAAUAAAAACCUAGAGGAGACGAAGAACAGUCACUAUACAUUAGACCAAUGUGAUGCUAAAUACUGUAUCAAUAUAGUAGUAAUAAAGAUUUCAAAACACAAACUGAUGGAUUUAAGUAAAAAUGAAAUGUCUUUGGAUACCCAUCUUACUAACUGUUGCCAGGUAUGGUAGCAUGUAAAGCAUUCCUUGAAUAUUAUCAAAACUCGUAAGAACAAAUGUUACAGACUACUCACAGCUCUGUCUUGUUUGCUUAAAAUUAGAGCAGGUGAUCAUUGUAAGUAAUAUUAUGGAGAAGCAUAUUUUAUAUUAAAUAUGUAAUAAACUUAAUAAUACUUGAG